GCGCUGGCCAAUUGAUGCUGAAAAACAUUUUGACUGACUCAAGUACAAGCCAACAAAUCAUUACGAUACGCAAAUAUUUUCCAGAAACCUGGAUUUGGGAUCUUGUUCCUGUCAGUCAGUCUGGAUCAAUGACUAUUAAUAAAACGGUCCCAGACUCCAUCACGACGUGGCAGGCUGAUGCGUUCUGCACGUCACCCAUCGGGUUCGGUGUCGCUUCGAAAUCUAAGCUCACUGCUUUUCAGCCGUUCUUUGUGAGCCUCACCCUGCCGAGCUCCAUCAUCCGAGGAGAAGUGUUUACUCUCAAAGCCACCGUCUUCAACUACCUUCAAAGCUGUAUGAUGGUGAAUGUGAGUAUGGUCAACUCGCAGAAGUUCUUGUUGCAACCGUGUUCAACCUGCAACCACACACAGUGUUUGUGUGCUGGUGAGAGCUGGACUAUCUCAGGGGCCGUCACACCACUGGUUCUGGGGGAGGUAAGUUUUAAAGUGACUGCGGAGGCCAUGCAGUCAUCGGCACUGUGUGGGGGAAAAGCAGUAACUGUACCAGAGAAAGGACGCAUUGAUACAGUGAUUAAAACACUUCUAGUGCUGGCUGAAGGAACCAAACAGUCCAAAAGCUACAAUACGUUUAUCUGCCUCUCAGAUAGCAUUGAUAAUGAGGUAAUCGAACUGCCCCUGCCUGAAGUGUACGUGGAGGGUUCAGCCACUGGCACAGUCUCUGUAGUGGGAGAUCUGAUGGGCCGCGCUCUACAGAACCUGGCGAGUCUCCUGGCGAUGCCGUCCGGUUGUGGAGAGCAGAACAUGCUGCAUUUUGCCCCUGACAUCUUCAUCCUGGAGUAUCUGGAGAGCACCAACCAGCUGACACCUGCCAUCAGGAGCACAGCUGAGAACUUCCUCGUGAGCGGAUACCAGAGAGAACUGACCUACAAACACACUGAUGGAUCUUACAGUGCUUUUGGGAUGAGUGAUGCAUCAGGAAACACAUGGCUGACUGCUUUCGUGAUGAAGUCUUUCGGGCAAGCAAAACAAUACAUCUUUGUAGACCAGGUGUUUGUGGAUCAGGCGAAGACUUGGCUCGGCCAGCAGCAGAAGGCUAACGGAUGCUUCGCUUCAGUGGGACAACUCUUCCACAGUGACCUGAAGGGAGGAGUGAAUGAUGAAGUGACCCUCUCUGCGUACAUCACAGCUGCGAUGCUGGAACUCAGUUAUCCAGUUACAGAUCCUGUACUGGACCACAGUCUGACGUGUCUGAGGAACGCCUACACUCAGGUGAACUCCAUCUACGCCAAGGCUCUCCUUUACACCUUCACGCUCGCUGGAGAUCAGGCGAUGAGGAACACUCUCAUCUUAGACCUGGAUGCACAGGCCAUAACCUCAGAUGGUGGGAGGCACUGGAGCAGAGUGAGUGAUGGAUCGGUGACUGACUCUUUGGAAGUGGAAAUGACUUCAUAUGUGCUGCUGGGUCUGAUGUCUGGACCCCAGAUAUCCAGAUUUAAUCUGGGUUACAGCUCCAGCAUUGUCAAGUGGAUUUCUCAGCAGCAGAAUGCCUUUGGGGGUUUCGCAUCUACACAAGACACUGUGGUGGCUCUCCAGGCUCUGGCUAGAUACAGUCUCGCCACCUACAGUCCAGCAGGAACUCUUACUGUUACUCUAACAUCAUCUUCAGGGCAGAUUACCACGUUUAUCAUCAAUCAGAGUAACAGGCUGCUGUAUCAGGAGAGUCAGCUGCCCAAGGUUCCUGACUUUUACGACAUCACAGCUGAAGGGACAGGAUGUGUGUCCCUGCAGUUCACUGUGAACUACAACAUCCCUCCUCCUCCUGACAGCUCUUCAUUCACCAUCUCAGCCUCAGCAUCUGGAAACUGCAGGCUCCCAAAUCCCUCACUGAAACUGAACAUUACAGUCAGGUAUGGAGGUAAACGUGCAAAGACCAACAUGGUGGUGAUCGAAGUCAAACCUCUUUCAGGAUUCAGGGUGGACGAGACGUCUGUGCAGCUUGUGAACAACAAAUCAGACGAUGGAGCUGUGAAACGUGUGGAUCUAAUGGACGGUAAUGCAAUCAUCUACCUGAAUGGAGUAAGAACACAACAGGAGAAGGUCUACACCCUGACCAUCACACAGACUCUACCAGUGAACAACCUCAAACCAGCUGUUGUAAAGGUUUAUGACUACUAUGAGAUCAGUGAGAAAGCUGCAACUUCAUACACGUCCCCGUGUGCAGCCUGAGAGCGUGGACAUGAUCACAGCUUUUCUCUUCAUCUUCACUUUUUAAGUCUCUGUUUAGUUUUUAGUUAUUAAUAUUAAUACCUUCUAACCAGUGUUCAAUAAUUAAUUGUGUUUGAUUUUUUUUUCUCUUUGUAAAACUGUUCUGUUUCACUUGAAUAUUUUUAAUCUGCUUCAGAAAUUAUUUGUAUUUGUAAUGUCACAUUUUAAGAGAAAAAAAUUCUGAUGAACUUGAAAAUUUACCCAAAAUAAUUGCACUAAAAAUUGAUGAUUUAUCGUCUUUUACUGAUAACAAUAUCCCACACAUUUAGUGUUUCCUUUGUACAUCCUUUUUUUUCUCCUAUGUUUCUGUAUUUCUCAUUUACAUUUGUUAGAACGUGUCCAAAUACUAAAAAC